AUGCAUCGAUUACGAUCACAUCAGGGGUCGGACGCCGGGAGCGUGGUAAAUCUUGCUUCUGGCGUCUCGGCCGUCAUUCCGGCUUCCGCUGACGUACUGUCGCCUUCCGCUCCGGUUCACGGUAGCAUUAGUAACAACAAUAGCAACAACAAUAGCAAACGGAGUUCCAAUUCGGCCCGCAGCAAUACCAAAGCCACGGUUCACAUAAACGGCAUCACGGUCGAUCACUUUCAACAGAACUCGGAUGUUGAUGAAGAUCGUGCCUCCAUGAUCGCCGGUUCUGAAGCUGCCUGCCGCAACAGCGAUGUUCAAGGUUUCAUUUCAUACUCCAGCGAUAGCAGCAUGAUUGAACUGAAUCUGAAGUUUAAAAAGUGCGCCUGCAACGAGAACAUAAUCAACAUUUCCAAAGAGAACUUACAACAGCAGCAACGGAAAGACCAACGAAAUCCGGAGCCAUUAUUAGGCAUCGGAUCCAAUCCAGCAGAAACGGAAACAACUACCGCCGCCAGCACCACGUUCAGCAAAGAAGGUAACCGUAAGAAAUUACUACAGUUAAACAAAGACAAUUUAAACAGUUUAGUGACACAACUUAACGAUACGAAUAGCUCAUCCUCAUCGUGUACAAAAUGUAGAUUAUCCUUAGACAUAAAAAAUAUUUUAAACCAGAUCGUUAGCGAUAGGAAACUUAAAUACGGGACACAGUUGCAGACAGAUCAAGACAAGCAAAGAGUAGUGAACCGAGCGCCUGUUCAACCCGAACCGGGCGUUAGAGCAGAGUGCAAUCGAACCCUACAGGUGGUAGACAAGUUUGGUGGCAGCCCUUCAAAGGCAGCCAGCUGGUCUCCGUUACUUCCAUCUCCCCUUUCCGUGUCCCCAUCACCGAGCGUAGCCGAUGACGACAUCAAUCGCCUUCAGCGUCGUCACAGCGAAACUGUAGAACGCAGGUCCAUUGGCGUUCAACAUGGACUACGUUCCGGGUACCGUAAAAGACCUCAGCUACGCAAAGGCAAAACGCAAGUAGAGGAAAUCAUUGUCAUUUCUGAUGAGUUCCGCCGACAAUCACUAUCCGACCAGAAGGUUAGAAUCCACCGUGCAAGAAAAAUUUCCAAAUCAAUGGAAAGCAUCGAUCAACAGGUGAACGAAACCUCGAAGGCACUCGGUGCGAUAGAGUGCUUGCACCUGGAAGAUGAUACCUUGACCGUCGUGGUAGAUUCCGAUGCUACCCUUGGCAACGGUCACCAAAAGUCCAAAUCCAAAUCCGUCGAUGACAUUUCGCUCAGCUCCAACCACAACGAGGACGAGUUUGCACCGUUGACGAGAAGCUACAACGCGGCGAACAGCGUAGAACUGGUCUUCAUUUCGGACGAGUUCGUGCAACGGAAAAGUAAACAAGACGUAAUCAUCGUCGACGCGAACCCAAACGUCCUGAGGAGAAAGAAAUCAACCUCGAAAAAUGCGAUCGUCAUCUCCGAUGAGCACAAGCAGAAAUCAACGGCCGCCAAGAGUAAAAUGGUUAAAAGUGCUUCACUGAAAUCUAAGGACCCACGCCGGAAGACAACCAUAUCCAAUUCGAACAGCUUUCUAACCUACGAGGAACCAUUUUCGCCGGAUACGCUGGAAAAUAAGGACAUUGGGACGAUGUUUGCUGAGGCGACGGCUACCGCAGAGAGCAAAUCUGAUCUGAAUUCAUCUAAUUGCCGUCCCAAGUAGCAAAAAAAACUAAACACAAGUGAAUAUCACGUAGAGAAGACUUCUAAAUAGUAUAUGACAAAAAAAACCAUUACAUUACAUUACACUCGCACAAAACCUGAGUAGAAUAUGUGUGUAUAUACAAACCGGUGAACCGUGAGAUACUAGCGAUUCCUUCUCGUCAGAUGCUUCCUAAAAGUAUUUCACCAUUAACUGAUCGUGACCCAGAAACCCCUAAUGUUGCACUAGAGACUGCAUACUAUGUCAACUGAAUCAUUCUUCCUUCCUACAACAGCCAACCAUGCAUUCCCUUUCUCCAGAAUGAAGCACAAUUAGUUUCCUCAGCUAUAACCGUUCAGUGAUAGCUUGAGCUAUCUCGUAACAACACUAUGUAUUGCAUUUACUCGUCGUAUGUACUAAUGCUAAUUCAAUCGAAAACUCGCGACAUUUGAUUGAGCUUUCUUCCCUCGGCAGUGGAACUCAGAUGGUGCAAUUUUUCAAAAUUUUAGAAAUAAUGUGUCACGAACGCACUCGUGCAAACAAGGACUGCAUUAACACUAAUCUAAAAACUAUGCUAAGGAUCCCUCGACGUCUUACCUAUAUCAUAAACGAAUCCCACAAAUCUAUGACUGUACUAGGAAAUUUCCUUCUAAAUAUUGAUCUUCAAACAUACAAUAACAUACUGACGCGAUGAAAGUAGAUAAGAAAAAAAACACAUCGUAUCUUGUAGAUUAAACUGUACGGAAAUUAUCAUUAUGACAUACGAAAUUCUUCAUCGGGUAGGUGUAUAACAUAGAAAUAAUCACAUUAUGUUCUGAUAACACACACAAAUAAACAAAAUGGUAAAUUAUUCCGCAAUAUUAUAAAAAUAACAAAAACUGCAGCAAUGCGAAACAUAAAUCAGAAAACACCCGCACAUUGCAAUUUAAUAAUCGAAUCAAAUGUUUGUUUUUGUUGUGAUCUUUUAGCUUAAGUAGGAUUGAAGCAAAGUGUUGAAUAGUUGUACUGCAAAGUACCUUUAUUCCAACAAUAUGGGUGUAUGUGUGCGUGCAUGUAUGUGUGUGUGUAAAAGUGUGUAGUGUAAUGUUGAUUCAAGUGUGGCAGGCUGUGGAUGAAUAAAUGGUCAGCCAUCUAGCAAUUGUGGGGAAGCAGAUUUUUAUCAUAAAUUAGUCCAAGCUGAAAUUACCCGAAACCAGAUUAUUACGAUUAUAUAAAGUAAAGGUAUAUAUUAGUUGUCAGUUGUAAGAUGAUUAUACAAGUAAAAGCAAGAUAAACAUAAGAAAUUAUAUUAAAUCAAUUGUUAUAAGUAAAAUUCGGCAAAUUAACGUGUUUUUCUUCAUA